CGCGGGGCUCACGUUCCGGGGCUGUGGCGGCCUCUUCCUCCGGCGUCCCGGGCCCGCGGCGAGGACUCUUGGGAGUCGGCGCUGGCGUGGGCCUCCCCGCCGCCGCCGGCCCUCUGCCGUGGACUGGACCGGGCCGGCCGGAGCGAGCGGAGCGGGCAGGAGCUUUCCUGCCUAUGGUCGGUCCCUGGGCGCGCUGAGGGCCGGGCUCCGAGCGGCCGAGAAAAUGAUGCAUCCUGUCGCCGCCAGUAAUCCAGCGUUCUGUGGGCCUGGCAAGCCUUCCUGCCUCAACGAAGAUGCCAUGAGAGCUGCUGAUCAGUUUGAUAUAUAUUCAUCCCAGCAAAGCAAGUACGGCCACACAGUCAGCCACAAACCAAUGGUUUGUCAGAGGCAAGACCCAUUAAAUGACACACACUUGCAGCCUACCAGUGGCAGAAACAUAGAGAUAAAAGAUGAACUAAAGAAAAAGAAAAACCUCAAUCGAUCUGGUAAGCGUGGCCGGCCUUCGGGAACCACCAAGUCAGCAGGAUACCGGACCAGCACGGGCAGACCCCUGGGAACUACCAAAGCAGCUGGAUUUAAGACGAGUCCAGGCAGACCUUUGGGUACAACCAAAGCUGCAGGGUACAAGGUCAGCCCAGGGAGACCUCCAGGUAGCAUUAAAGCUCUGUCCCGACUUGCAGAUCUUGGUUAUGGCUGUGGUACUGCUGCCUUCCCUUACCCUAUGAUGCAUAGCAGAGCAGUUCAUGGGGUUCAGGAAACCAGUGGUGAAGUCAAGCCACCCAGUGAGUGAGCGAGGCAGGAGAGCAUGUGCUAGGAGCAGACUGAGGUGCCCCAAAGCUUCUUGCUUUACUCUGACUUUACCACCUGGACUUCCCAGUUUUGUUUUUCUGUUUGAUCUCCCUCACUCCCCACUUGAUUUUCGUUUCUUUGGUUUUUGCUCAGAAGCUGCCACUAGUUGGGCAGGAGUAGUGCGUUGUACCUGUAGUGUUCAAGGUUCAGACAGUGCUCAGCUAAGUCCUUGCUUUCCCUUUGGGCCAUUCUUAGUGGACGCUUCACAGGCCAGCGAACUGCCACGGUUGACUUUGAGUUGUGAGUAAACCCGGGUGUGAGGUUUACCCGAGGCUUCUAACUGACAGGGUGGAACAGCAACUAGCGAGCAGAUCAAAGGGCGUGCCUGUGUGAGUUUAGAACGUCCUUGAAAUAAGACACAGCUGUUUGGAUGCUUUGGAAUUUAAAACACAGCUUCUUAUUUAUUGAUUCACAUGAGAUUAGAUGAUCAUUAUUUCUAAAACAUUGUCUAAUACUUGCCUUGCAGAGAUUAUAGUUACAGGCUAUAUGUUCUUCAGUUGCUUAAGAGCAUAUACACCAUACACUACGAAUAAUUCAUUCUUACAGCAAAAUGCUUAAAUACUUCAUAAGCCUGCACAUUAUAUUUAAUAUAGAAGAAAGAGAAACCUUAAGGUCUGCAUGUAACUAUAAUCAUUCUAUUUUGUCUUUCAUAUACUUAGUGAGUUUCAAAAUACUAUAUUUAAAACAUUUAUUACUAGUGCUCAUUUAGAAUGGUUUUUUAGUUUUUAUGAGUAAUUGUUAUUAUAUUGCAUUAGUACUUAACUGUAUCUUCAGGUUUAUAUCUACCAAAGGACACAAAUUGAGUGGUAGACUGCAGAACUGGUCUAAGAAAGCAGUUUCCUGCCUAUUAAGACCCAAAUACCAAGAAAUAUAAGAACUCAGUAUGCAUGUAAAAUGAGUGCUGGUUAGGUUAAAAAUGGCAUUGUGACUCCAGGAAGACUGCUUUUCCAAAAGAAAUCUCUUCUCCCUACUGAGGCUUGCUUUCAAAGUAAUAUAGAAAAGAGAAAAAUACCGGGCACAAAGGUAUAGUUACAGAGGGAAAUCUUCCUUUCUGUUAAAUUUUAUUUAUUUUGAGUUUUACAUAAAAUAUUAUGAACUUUAGAAUUGAAAAGCUUCACUGGGCAGAGGUGGCACACACCUUUAAUUCCAGCACGUGGGAGGCAGAGGCAGGUGGAUCUCUGUGAGUUUGAGAGGUGUGCAUAGUGAUUUCCAGGGCAGCCAGCUCUAGGUAGAAAUUUUCUCUUAACAAACAGAACAAAAAACAAAAGCUUUCACUGAACUUAAAAAAUUACUUUUUUUACUUGCAUUUCAAAAUGCCUUUGAUAUUAAAAUGUAGAUUAAAGACUCAAAAACUUUAAAAAUAAUCAAAAGUAUAAAAGGACACAUACCCAUUGGUUAGGCUUGCUCUGAGACCAUAUAAACUGACUUUAUGUAAAUGCCAUGAUUUAGGCCUUUCAGGAGACAAGCAGCAAACCUCAGGUGCCCCUAGGGAUAGCUGACACCCAGCUGGGCUUUUGCUCGAACAAUGAGAGAUGUUUCAUUGCUUGGGGGAUCAGUGACCUCAACAGGACCAGCUUUGCACAAAUAGGGAACCGUGGACAAUGCUGGGUGACUGCACAACCAGCGCUAUCAUUCGGGCAGCUCAGUGCUUCAAGUGUUUCUUCUUGCAGAAGCCUAGAACAUAAAAUUUGUAAUAACUUACUCAGAACAGUGUAACUUCUGACACGCACAAAUACUUGCAUCUUCAUUGUGUGUUCAUCUGGUCCCUUGAGUACCCAUCAUUUAGCUAUUUCUGAGGAUGUUUAGCAGUUGACUGCUUAGAAACCCUUGCACAGCCAGUUCCUGAAGAUGGCUGCAGUAUUCUGUGGAAUACUGUGCACCACUGUCAGGGAUUGGGCACAUAUUAUGUGUCAUAGUAAGUCCACUAACAUCCUUCCAGUUUGGUUUCAUUCCUGCUUUUAUACCUGUUUAUCCGUUUCUUUGCUGUUCCACACCUGUUCCCUUCCCCCACUCCCCAGCACAUCUACUCAGUGGUGCUGUGCUGUGUGUCAGAAGACACAGUGGGUGUAUUAUUGUGUAAUGAAAUGGGACGUCAGUUUAAGGAGGGGUGUUCAUAACAGUGUUGUAUAGGGAGCUCUAGCCCAGGAUGGGGGAUGCGUGGCUGCACUGUGGAUGGGUAGCAUCACUUAGAAAACUGAAUUUACUGUUCCUGUGAGCCGUUCCCUGGAGUAUUAAGUGUGAGCGCUGGUGAACAUCUGAUUCUACUCCCUGCUCUCCUUGUGGACAGUUUACUAGUGCCAUGCUGGAGAGACAGAGUGAUGACACGAAUGAAGUCUUCACAUUUAAAAUAUUUGCUUCUACAUGAUCUAAAGACUGCGUUCUGCAUCUUCUGUAACAUGGUCUUUUGUCAUGACAGACACUGAAAUAGCAUGUUAAACAGUUGCCUAGAUGUCAGUGUAUUCAGUUGGAAGAACUGCCCCCCUGUAUAAUUGUUCCUUAAAAGGUAAAUUGCUAAUUUUAUACACGUGAUUCUAUUCUUCAUAAAAUAGGUUUCACUAUAUUAAAACUGUUUAUCAGAAAAUGAUCUACUAUGCCAGUAAGUUGUUUUACUUUUUCUUAAAGGGUAUUUUAACACGCCUUAUUUAUUAUUGUUAUAUAACAAGGAGUCAAUCAGAUGAAAAUUUCAUUCCACAGGUAUUCCCUUGCCUAACUAAUCUUUAGUAUGGGGUGAUUUUGAUACUAUCUUUGGAGUUUUGCACUGGAUAUUAAAAAAUAUAUUGGCACAAUAUAUUAAAAAAUAAAAUAGUAAUUGGUUUAAUUUUUAAUAUUUGGGAGCAUUUUUUAAAAUCAGUGUUAAAAUCAGACUAAUCUUUGUAUUUUUAAUUUAAAAAAGAAACAUCUGUCAACGUGGUAUUUAUUAAUUCUAAACUGCUGUUUGUGUGAAUUUACAUAUAUAUUUUCAUGAAAUACGAAUACUGAAUUUCUUUGAGGUAAAAUCUGGAUCCAUUUAAUAUGAGGUUAAGGGUGCUUCAUCCAGUGUAAGAAUGACCACAAUGUGUUUAGAUAGUGAGCUUCUUUAUACUUUAAGAAGCUUUAAAAGAGCAGUUCAGGGUUGUUGAUAACUUCUGUCAGUUCCUUGGCUAUAUGCAGUAAGCUUUUAUAAUCCGUCACAGUAAUAAAUUCACAACAGUCUUGGGCAUAAAAAGUUUGGAUGCCCUUUUGCUCUGUCUGUUAUAAUGUCAUUGACUUCGCUCAAACUCUAAGAUGUAUCUUAAUCCUUUUCUUUCUCCCUUUUCCAAGUAGACAGAUCUGUGUUCUCACAUUUUUGAGAAUUCUGUAGCAAGUCAAUUGUGUGAUUUAAUCAGGCCACUCUGAUUCUUUGAUUCACAAUUUCCUUUUUCCACAGACAAUUAUUAAGCAAAUAAUUACCAUUUAACUGAUAAUAAGCACGUUGUCCUCUGCUGUAAAAAGUCUGAAUAGAUACUGUGUAUGUUUAAUGUCCAUGAACUUGAGCUACUCGUGUGCAAUUAUGUGUAUGGGAAUGGAGUAGUGUUCAUGAUUUGUAUCUGCAUCAUCAUAUGGAUGUAUAUUUAUUAAUAAAGUCAUCACUUUAAAACCAGCUGUUUACUGCUUU